AUGCCUGAGAUGUUUCAAGAAAAGCAGAAACGGGCCCGUGUCAAGGGACAAGUCACAAGGAUACACACGUUCCUCGAGUCGAAUCCGAACUGCACGGCGGCGGAAGCUCAGAUAUUAGCAACAGCGACGAAGCUGCAGCGCAUCAUCGAUGAGGGGAAGCAACCAAAGGACAUCGGACAACAACCAGCGGGCACCAGUCAGGUUCCGGAGGACGUCGGACAGGUCAUUCCUGCAGGAAGAAGAAACAAGCCGAAGCUCCCGGAGAUCAAGCUCCCGGAAUUCAACGGAGAGUACACUAAAUGGCUCUUUGUCAAGAACAGCUUUGAGACAACAGUACACAACGACGGAGACCUAUCCGGUCCACAGAAAUAUCAAUAUCUCGUAGGAGUAUUGACAGGCGAAGCACGUAAGGUUAUGGAAGGCUUCAGUAGUGAAAACUAUGAGCAGGCAUGGCAGUUAUUGAAGAACACAUACGACAACGAAAUGAUGAUCAUCGACACACAUUUAGAAGAGCUUUUCAAGUUUCCGGUUAUUGUAAAGGACGAUAAGGCGGAUUCAAUGAGACAAUUAAUAUGGCACAUUCAGACACAUAUGUCAUCCUUAAAGUCGUUACAUCAACCUGUGGACCAUUGGGACACCAUAAUUAUCCACCUGGCCAAAAGAAAGUUGGAAUACACGGAACAACGAGAUUGGCAGAACUGCAUUAAGGAGCGUACGCCUCAAAACAUGCCAAAAUUGGAAGAUUUUGUUAAAUUUAUAACAGAACGCUGUCACACAUUAAGAAUGAUUAAUCAAGCCAAACCAGCGAAGCUCAAACAAUCAGCGAUACCAGACAAGAAGGCGAAGAAGGGAGUAGUCCUGACAUCAACGCCAGCUCAAUGCAAGAUAUGCAGCGGCGAACAUCAAGCAUUUCGAUGCGACGAGUUCAUCAAAUUGUCUUCUGAAGAGCGCAAGAGGGCAUCAGCAAAGGACUGCAAGGCAUCGGCGUGCAGGAAGUGUUCGGGUAGACACAACACAAUGUUACAUAAGGAAGAAACAAAGAAGGCUGAAGGCGACGAAGCUGUAGUAACGCCAGUUGUUACACAUUGCAGUAAUUCACAGAAGACAGUGAAGAAUUGCGGUGGUGGUAAAACGCACACUCAGGUUGUUUUGUCCACUGCUCAGGUAUAUGUUAGAGACGGCAUGGGAAGCAGGAUUAGAUGUCGCGCAUUGUUGGAUCCAGGAUCACAACUAAAUCUGAUGACUACAGACCUUUGGCGGAAGCUGAAAUUACCUUGGACAAAGGAGGACAUACCAAUAAGUGGCAUCAGUCUAGUCCAAACAAACGCGAGCAAGACGACUCAACUCAGGGUGGAGUCUGCAUAUAAUGAUUUCGCCAUGGUAAUGAACUGUCUUAUAUUACCUACGAUCACAGUGCAAAUCCCACAACAGAAGAUUGAACCGAAUGAAAUAUCCCUGCCUAGGGGUAUACAACUUGCGGACCCGGAUUACUGUAAGCCGGGAAAAAUCGAUCUGCUCAUAGGAGCGGGACCCUAUUGGAAACUACUCAUUGGAUCCCCGGAAAAUCAAGUCGACGGCCAGCCUUCCCUACAGGAUUCUAAAUUGGGUUGGAUCCUUGGCGGGGAGCUACGCAAUCGAAGCAACGGUUUAAAUUGCUCAUCAGCGACAUGUCUCACCAUUACGAACGAUCAACUGAGUCAGCAGGUUGAGCGUUUUUGGAAAAUAGAGAACAUCCCCGAAAGUAAGCAUUACACCAAGGAAGAGAGGGAAUGUGAGAAGCAUUUCUCCGAGACUGCACACCGUAUGAAGAACGGUAGGUUCGUAGUGCGGCUGCCAAUGCGUUCGAACCUCCAACUUGGAGAAUCCAGGAAUCAAGCACAACAAAGACUAGAAGCUCUCGAACGAAGAUUGCUACGGGAUUCAGAAUUGGCGAAGGCAUACUACAGCUUUAUGGAGGACUACCAGAGGAGUGGUCAUAUGACUCAAAUUUCCGAAAAGGAAAUAGAACAAGCAAGGGAAGUAUACUACAUUCCUCAUCAUGCAGUCGUCAAACCAGACAGCUUGACUACGAGGUUGCGAGUGGUUUUUGAUGCAUCCGCAAAAACGACAUCCGGUGCAUCACUCAAUGAUAAGCUUCUACCAGGACCGAACCUGCAAAGGGAUAUCUUUAAAAUCUUGCUACGAUUCCGGACGCAUCAAUACGUUAUCACAGCGGACAUCGCUCAAAUGUUCCGACAGAUACUGGUCGACACACGAGAUAGAGCACUACAACUAAUAUUAUGGAAACCAAACCCAAGGGAAGUGGCGAGGAUAUACCAACUAAAUACAGUAACGUACGGUAUGGCAAGCGCGCCGUAUCACGCCAUGCGGUGUCUACAAGAACUGGCAACUCAACAUUAA